GCAAGACUGCGUGCUCCACUCUCACGCCUUCCUGAUCUCGCCGGGCAUCCGAUCAAUUGUUCAGUUGGCGUUUGCUUGCCAGUACCGCUUGCUGGCCUGCGCUGGCCGGCCUGCACCUGCACCCGCACCCACAAGCGGGUCCCUAAUUGGAUGGUUUUCUGGUCUCUCCUCACCUGGACCUUGGACUUGGGACUAAGUCGCCUCGCCUCCUCCCGAACACACCUUCGCUCCCGUCCAUUCUUUGCAACAAUAUAUCGCAUCUCGUAAAGCUGCUUCGUCAUUCCCCUCAACUUUCCUUCCUUCCUUCCUUCCUUCGUACCUGGCACGACACACCACACACUCCCUUCCCUUCCUUCUAUCCAUCUCUCGAGCCCCCGGCUCUACCUCUCCGUUUCCUUUGCAAUCCUACCCACCACUCAUACUCUUUAUUCAAAUUCCCUACACUGCCCGCACAUUCCAGCUCGCCCACCCUCACCUAGGCCAACCACUGCCGACUACCUUCCGGAUGGCCACUUUUUAAUAUUAAUCUGUCUCUCAAAACGCCAUUCCUUCGGCUCACAGGUCUCACCCCCGACCUGCGCUCUGCUCCGUACUGCCUGUGCUCUACUCGGCACCCGACCCGACCUGCCACGCCGCGCCGCGCCCUGCUUGCCCGACAGCUUGCCAUAGCUGCGCUCAUUUGUCACCGGCCCGUUGAGCUGCCUCGAGCUGCUCGGCACAUCGCCGUUCCUCACCUUUUUAUUAGCCGUCGCACCUCUCCCGUGUCGACCGAGACAUUCACUUGUCUCUCCCUGCUGCCGACCUGGAGCACAACACCUUGUCAAACACCAAUCUAGGAGCUUGUCUCGCAGGGCCGUCGCUGGUUCUGCCCUUGAUCCGCCAAGCUGGAUUCAUUUAUAACCGUGGCUGCAGGAUGGUCUCAAUACCACCAUAGCCCCAGUGCGAGCCCGGCACCACAACAGCGACGAUUAGGUCACCUACGCUCCCAGUCAAACUCUACCGCGCCAACUGUCAGCGCGCCCCCCACCUCUGCGAAACCCAGGUCCAACACACAGACCUCCAACAUGACCGCCGAUGUCUCCUCCCUGGCGAGGCCCGCCACUCCUCAGCCACAGCCCAAGAGGAUAUACGCCGGGAUCCAAGAAAGCGACUUCGAUUUGACCACUAUCCCUGACCCCCGGAGCAGGGCGAUGACGCCAUCCAACGCCGACGAUGCCUCGAGUACGCAGCAGCACCCUGAGCUGAACGACGAGGUCGCACAUCUCAGCUCGAAGCUCAUUCACGCCAUCAACCACCAGACGACUCUCGACGACAACCUUUCGCAAACCCGCGCCGAGCUCGAGAGGGCGCGAGAGCAGAUCCAAUCCAUGGAGGUCCAGCUCGAAAAACAAAGAGAAAUAAUUGCUGACGAAAAGAAAUUGCGUUUUGCGGCCGAGGAAGAGAAGAAGAGAAUUGAGCAGGAGUUGGAAAACCUGACGACUGAACUCUUCGAAGAGGCGAACAAGAUGGUCAUCUCGGCCAAAGAGGAGGCACGUAAGGAGCAGGAGAUCCUGCAGCGGAAGAACAGCGCUCUCAAGGCCCAGCUGGCAGACACGGAAGGCCUCCUCCAGUCCCAACAAGAACAACUGAUCGAGUUGAAGCACGUCAUGGAGCAGAUGAGCGACCAUGAUAAUGACACCGCGACGACCACGCCAUCAUCCCCCGGGUACAGCAAGUUUGACUCGAGAGAAGACGACACGCCCACAUCGGACCUCGGAUCGCAGUCCGGCAUCCCAGAUCUCGUGGCUCCUUCCUACCCCACGAGCUUCACUCACCUCUUGCAGCCGGUUCUUCGCAACGACAUCGGCGCAUACGAUGAUUUCGUGAGUCUCUGCAAAGCAUCGAGGACACCUGCGAGCCGGCCACCAUCAGGGAACCACUCGACCCUUGGCCUCGGCCUUCUUGGACCCGCUUCUAGUGUGACCUCGAUCGGCAUACCGUCUAGUGCUUCUACUGCUUCUCUGUCAUCAAUGGGCUCUCCCGCAGCCUCAUCUACAUUAUCGAUACAGACGCCGAACACUCCAGGGUCCACCGUCAGCGGGAUGUCUACCACCUCCAUGGUCCCGAUUCCGCCAUUGAAGGACUGCAAGUUCUACAAACGGGUGCUGGCCGAAGAUGUGGAGCCGACACUCCGCCUGGAUCUUGCCCCGGGUUUGUCUUGGCUGGCACGGCGCUCGGUUAUUUCAGCCAUGUCUGAUGGCUCCUUGGUUGUGGAACCUGUCCCGACAACAGGCACCUAUGCCAUGCUCUCAAAACCGCAGUUCUACCCGUGCUCACUCUGCGGUGAGAAUCGUAAAGAUGACCAGUACCUUCGAAGAUACCGCUUCCGCACCAGCGAGACCAGCUCCUCGCAGCGCUACCCUCUCUGUCGGUAUUGUCUCAGUCGCGUACGAGCCACAUGUGACUUCCUCGGUUUCUUGCGGAUCGUCAAGGAUGGCCACUGGCGGACCGACGAUGAGGACUCGGAGAAAUCUGCCUGGGAAGAGAGUGUGAGGCUACGGGAGAAUAUGUUCUGGUCUCGAAUCGGCGGUGGCGUCCGUCCAAUCCUUCAAGGCUUCCAUGGGCAGGCCGAGAAAAGCCCCCGACCGAGUCAGGAAGAGUCUGCUCAUAUGGAGCAAAAGGCGCUCUCAGUGAUCGAGGGACCCAAAUCACUCGAUGAGGUGAGGGAAACGAGCCCCGUGGAUGACGACAAUGCCGAGGACUUUGCGACCCCAUUGGAAGAGAACGCUCUCGGGUCUACCCAGAAGGGUCUCAUGCCCCACCCGGAAGACACCAAUGACACGCCGGAUGACAAGUCGGUUAUCGUUCAUGAAUCUACAACUUCCGAAGCUGGAACGCUGGUGGAAAACAAAACAAGGCAAGAGGUAGAAGCAAUUCCUAGGCCGCCUCGAACCCCCGAACCGACGGACAUGAACCGGUUGUCUUCACAGUCGCUCACACCGACCUCUUCGUAAGACGGAAACCAAGCAGAGGACGACUUCGGGUUACUCAAGCCAACCGCGAAUUCACGAACGGAUCGGGACCCCGAAAUUUUUUUUGAAUGUAUAUUUUUAAUAUCGCCAUUGUGCAGAAGGAGGCAUCAUGAUUGGAACUAAGGCCUCCUAAAAUGGACUUUUUCUCGUUCCCGGCGUUUUAGGGAAUGGUGCAUCGGAGCCAUCUUUGGACUCCUUCCUCACGAUUGUUGGAGCAUACGGGGAUGGCGGCAAAACGCACAGAAGACGGGAGAGAAAGACACGCAUUUGGGCUCUGGCUCGGGAUAAAUGGGAUUGGGACGACCGGAGAGAUAGAGUGGCCCGGAGGCUGAUCAAUACGGCCGCGGUAACCAACUGACAAAGGAAAACACGGACGGGCUGGCCUGGACGGAAACAGGGAAGACCGCCUUGCGGAGGCGGUCUCACGGGUGUCGGCGACAGACACAGCUCCUUUGCGUCACACAAAAUUAGUACAGUUUAAUGAUACCAGAAGAACACCAAAUGCUACCUGAUCAUGAAUGAAGAAGGUGUUGAUUUGACCUAAAGUAUUCCCCCCCCCCCUCCUCC